GUUGGUGGUUGUUGCAAAAGAGAAGUCGUGCCACUGGAUGCGAAAGGAGGCCAACCACUGGCUGAAACCCCCGCUAAUCAUCCAAGAAGAAGAAACAACUUAGUGAAUGAAUUGGAUUAAUCCAGGCACUAAAUUCAAUUUCCCGCCACUGUUUUGUUUUGGCCGUCCCACGACUACUUCUUUCUUCCUCCCUCUCUUUCUCUUCUCUUCCCUUUCUUUCCUCUCUUCCUCCUCAACAGUCUUUCGUUCUUCCAUAUCUUGCGCUCGCUCGUUACUCGCUUCUUUCGGGCCUUCAAAAGGAAAACUUAACGUCUGUCUCUACUACUACACCAAUCAAUCACACCAUCAACUGUCAAGAUGAAGUUCAACAGCGCUCUCGCUCUCUCCCCCCUCCUGGUGCUCGCCGUGGCCCAGGACUCCUCCACUGCCUCCUCCACUGCCAGCGCUGCCACCACGACUGCCAGUCUUUCUCCCCAGGCCAAGUGCGCUGAGUCUUGCGCCUCCACCGACAUCUGCUGCAUUGCCAAGUGCUACAAUGUCCCCUGCCCCAACGACUCUCAGGCCAACGACACCACCAGCUGCGUUGCCGCCUGCCCCCAGGGUAACGGCUCCACCAGCGAGACCGACGCCUAUGCCAGCUGCCAGAGCCGCUGCGUGAGCAGCUACUUCUGGUCCAGCGCCACUGCCUCCGCCGGCUCCUCUGCCAGCACUGCUAGCUCCAACGACGGUACCACCACCACAGGCAGCGGCAGCAGCAGCUCCUCCACUGGUUCUAGCAAGUCCGGCUCCUCCAAGUCUGGUUCCUCCGACUCCACCAGCACCGCCACCAGCUCCGGCGCCAAGUCCAGCGAGACCUCCAACUCGGCUGCCAUCACGCAGUUGAAGAUGGGCGUUUCCACCGUCGGUCUCCUGGGCUUCGUCCUCGCCGCCUGGGCUCUGUAAAUGUCUGAUUCAGUGAUCAAUGCGGUGGUCAAGAUGAGAAACUCCCUCUCUCUCCUCGCACACCGAGCACAAAUCAAACACAGCAGCACAGAAGCACACUUCAACCUAUUCUCAGUACAUAUGGGAGAUUGAAACGAAUGAGGGCGGUAGGAAGGGUAAAAACACACGAAGUCUUAAUUUAAUGGGAUAUCACACACACGCGCACACACAUAUCAGCUUUCAGUUUUCUGCUUUGGCCCCUUGCUUCUUUUUUUAUUAUUCUCAAUUCUCUCGACAUCUUGUCCAACCUUGUGUCAUAAUAACUAACUUACCUCGACUGUUUCUGUCACUAAUACUACCCCACACGCGCUUUCACUGAGCUGAUCCUAGUAUUAUUGUAUAACAAUCAUAUCUCUGCCCUCAUUUCUCUGAGAGUUCGUCGAUCACAUACGGUAUUUGAGCACCGCGAGGUCUUUUACAAUCCCAC